AUGGCAUCCGCGACGACGGUGCACCACCGGAGCCGUUGCAUUCUCCAGCUGGCCCUCCUGCUACUGGCGGCGUCAUCGACGGCAAUGCUGGCGGUCGACGGAGCCUGCGAGAGCGAGGAGUUCCCGGCCGGCAGGAGCUACGCGACGUGCGCGGACCUCCCGACCCUCGGCGCCUCGCUGCACUGGACGUACGACGCGGCGGUCUCGUCGCUCUCCCUGGCGUUCGCGGCCAAACCGCCCGGCGCGAGCGGUGCCGGCUGGGUGGCCUGGGGGAUCAACCCCACCGGCGACGGCAUGAAGGGCGCGCAGACGCUUGUCGCCUUCAAGAGCAGCGGCGCGUACGUCGUCAACACGUACAACCUCACCGGGUACCGCCCGCUCAGCGCGGCGUCCACGCCGAUCGCGCUCGAGGCCACCGAGCUCGCCGCCGACGGGAAGGUGCGGCUCUACGGGACGCUGCAGCUGCCCAAGGGCAUGGAGGCCGUCAACCACAUCUGGCAGGUAGGGUCGACGGUGGCCAAUGAGAUGCCGGCCAAGCACGCGUUCGCGCAGGAGAACCUGGAGGCGAAGGGCAGCCUCGUGCUCACUGGUGCCGGAGCGACGGACGCCGCGCCGGCUCCGGUGGCCGCUGGCCCGUCGGCCGAGGAGGCCACUGGUAACCUAGAGACAGAGACCGCGCCCGAGGCAGCGCCGGCCCCGUUGGCCGGUGCCCCGUCGACCGAGGAGGCUGCUGGUGACCUGGAGACGGGGACCGCACCGUCGCCAGCGCCGUCCAGCGGGUCGGCACUCGGCAGCGGUAGUCACCACGUACGCCUUGGCUCCGGUGUUCAUUUUGAUUCUGGUGUUCGCGGGUUUCUUCGCGACUGUAUAAUCUCGGUGAGGAUUAAAUUUGUCAACGAGAGAACGUAUGUAGGAUAG